CCCACCAACAUAAGAAUUUCAAUUUUACCACCUUUAAUUUAAGGACAAAUCAAAACAAAUAAGUUAGGUUAGCCUAUUGAUUUGUUUCCCUUUAACUACUGUUUUUAUAUUUGAAUUUAAACAGAAUGGAGCAACAAGACAAUGUGUAUAGAAAAAUGUUGGCCAUAGCCGUUUCAAGUAUCCUUCUCGAACAUGAAUUUGAUACAGCUGACAAAGACACUCUGGGAACCCUGACUGAAAUGUUACAGGCUUUUAUAAAAGAACUUGGAGCAACAAGCAAAAAUUAUUGUGAGCUAAAUGGCAGGACCGAGCCAUUGAUUGCAGAUGUUAUUAUGGCAUUUGCUGAAUUGGGCAUCAAUGGUAAUGAAUUGCCAAAAUACAUUUCAGGUACCCAACAUCCAGUUUUACCUUCCCCUCAGCCUCAGCAAACUGUAAAACAGCUAAAUCUGUUGUCUGUUGGUGUUAAACAACCUCUCCCUACACACAUUCCACAACAUUUCCCUCCAUUUGCAGAUCCCCAUGCCUAUGUUAGAACACCAACCCACAAACAACCUAUUAUUGAUUAUGAGUCUGUAAGAGAAAAAUAUGCUGUUCAAAAGAAAGAAAUUGAGAGAGCUUUAACAAGAUUUCUGGCCAAAACAAGUCCCACAUUUUGUUUAUUUGACAAUGAUGAGGCCAAUAUGUUUCCAUUAAUUGCUUCAAAGCCAACUUAUCCACCUUAUUUGAGUGCACUAAUGCCUCAAGACCAGAUAUUUGACCCUGAAGACUUAGAUUUUGAUCCCAAAUCACAAAUUUUGCAACAAGUUAAAGAAGCCAAAGAUGCUAAAUCUAAAAAGAUGAAAGUUGAACCCAAGGUUGAAGAGGAGACAGAAAAUGAGCAAGCUCAUAUUUCUGUUAAAAUUGAAGAAAACAUCAACAUAAACACAGUUAUUGAUAAUCCUUAUUUGGCUGCUACCAAGCUUCCAUCUACAAAUAAUGGACAUGGCUAAUUUUAUUAAGAUUUUUUUAUUUGAGAAGUUACUAGAUUAUUCCUUAGUUUGAGGAUGUGAGUUAUCUUCCAUGUAAAAUGUUCCAUAUUGAAUUAUAAACUGAAUUCUGAUAUUUAAAUCAAUACCCCUGAGAGAGAAAUUUUAUUGCUUUUAUACUAAUUACUGAGACAAUUAACUGUUACUAUCAAGCACAUGGUUUAAAGUAAGAAGCGGUCCUCAGAAUAAGAUGUUAAUUUGAAACAAAUUAAUCAGAUAACUGUUAAAUUAUUUAUUAUUUUCGCAGUAAAUUGACCAGUCUUGUAAGCUCGUCAGUAACAUUUACUUUUUUUCUAGACUAUAGCUUUUAAUAAUAUAAUAAUAAAUAUUAUGCUAAUUUUUU